UUUAACGCAGAGCUUAAUUAUCGGCAAUGUCAGGUCUCGCAGGCUCGAGAAUCGAGAUUGUUACCAGCUGCAGCCGUAAGCCUUGCUCUCUUCUCCACCAUUUCCAAUUUCUUGUCUUUAUCAAAAAAUUUCUUCAUUUUUUCUCUCUUUUCUUUUUCUUUUUUUUCCUUUUUCUUGUUAAUGUUUGCCUCUCUCGCUCCAAUCUAAAAAGAUUGUCAGAUCAAGGACUCAGACAUGGAUUUUAUAAAGCAGAUCAAUAAUCAGGUUUCGGUAUACAUAAUCCUGAGCGACGAUCAUGAGACAUAAGAUUUGAUUCUUUUGUUUUUCUUUUUAGAUUGGUUUGCAUAUUCUUCGUUUGGAUCUAUGGUGAUCUAAUUGGUUCUGGAAUCUGCAGAAGAGAGAGGCAUUUGUAUUCUUAGAAUUGUAACUAAAAUUUGGCUUUGGAUCGAGAUAUGCUAAUAUCUUGUGAAUAAAUUGUACCUAAUUUUUGUAAAAGUGGAAGCAGUGACAUAAGUGUUGGAUUUGAUUGAGUUAGCCUUUGUAUGCAUAGGGGAAUAGUAGAUUUUGAAUGAGAGGUUGUGAGUGUUAGUUGAUAUGAGAAUAGCGUGAUUAUGAAUUAUCAAUUGGUGGGUUGAAGUGGAAAAGAGUGGCUCAAGGAGCUAACACAUUGUUCAUGCAAGUAAAUAGACACAGGAGCUUGUUUGUGGAACAUGAUCAGGGAGGCGCCUAUCGCAUUUGAUAAAUUGAUUCAGCAAGAAUAUGCAUCUGUUGCUCCUUGUGCAAGAAAAAAUGCACAUAAUAAUAAUAUCUCUGUACAGACAGGGGAGGAAUUCGCUAUGGAGUUUCUUAAGGAGUGUGUUGGCACAAGAGGGAUUCCUGCUAUACCAGAAGCAGCUCAGAUAUAUGAGACGAGAGUUGGGAUCAAUCAGAACCAGAACCAACAGCUGGUGUAUGAGGACCUAGCCCAAAUUCUUGGGUUGCAAAGAAUGAAUUCGGAGUGUGUUUCUGAUAUUUCUGAUGUUGCUUCUGUGCAAGGGUCUUGUAGAGGGAGUGAAAAUGGGUCUUGUGUUGAAAAAUUAAGUAAAUACCAGAAGGAAGAUGGUGAUAUGGGGAAAGUGGAAAGGAAAGCUUUUGGUGAAUUGAGCUGCGAUAGGAGCGAUCUUAAUGUUUUUGCACCAGCUACCACACCCACUUAUGGAUGUGACUUUCCUAGGUCCAGCAACUUAAGUGGGCAGGGAGCUUCUGAUGGAUCUCAAUCUGAGAAAAUGAAACUUCUCUGUAGCUUUGGUGGAAAAAUAUUGCCCAGGCCAAGUGAUGGCAAACUCAGAUAUGUUGGGGGAGAGACACGGAUAAUUACCUUUCAGAAAUGUCUUUCUUGGGAUGAGCUUGUGAGGAAAACGCUAGAUGUUUUCAACCAACCUCAUGCAAUCAAGUACCAACUUCCAGGUGAGGAUCUUGAUGCCCUUAUAUCUGUUUCUUCUGAUGAAGACCUUCAGAAUAUGAUAGAGGAGUACAACGGGCUUGAAAAGCUUGUGGGUUCUCAAAGACUGAGGAUAUUUUUGAUUCCCUUGGGAGAGCCUGAAAGUGCAUCUUCCCUUGAGGCUAGCACCAUUCAGCAGAGCAAUCCUGAUUACCAUUACAUGGUAGCUGUCAAUGGGGUAGUAGAUCAUAGUCCUAAGAAAAAUUAUGGUGGGCAGUGUUUACCCAGCGAAGGAAGUCAACCAGGACCUGCUUUGGAUCAUAACCCUAGUUUUCGAAAACACUGUCCAACUUCAAUACUCCCUUUGGAGACUAUAGGUUGUCUUAAUGCAUUCCAUCCCUCUCAAGUUUUCCAUGAUUCCCAAUAUACAACCAGAUCCCCAUUUUUAUCUCCGCCUAUUUCUCCGCAACCUUUCCAGCAUGGAGAUUCUAAGAGUGUUUGUGCACAAGCAGUUGGUGGUAAAUCCUGCAAUGAAAGCAACAGUUCCUUCAUUACAGCUCAAUUAAAUCCUGAGAACUGUGGCAUAGAAAAUCCUAACUAUAAGCAAGUUCAACAGUUUCCACCUGCUUUGAUGAAUUAUAAUCUUCCCUACGUAAAGGUUGACGCCAGUCAAGCCUUCCAAGCACAUAAAGUGCUGUUACAAAUACAAAACCCUGAUCCCAGCAAAAAUCCUGCGUCUCUUUCAGUUUUAACUAAAAAUAAUAGUGUUUGUUAUGGUGUGUCACAUGAGAGGCCUAUCUCACUUGCUGCUGACCCAUUGACUCUGUUGUCAGCAUCUGUUGAUCCCAUGGACUCUCACCCAGGCAUGAUACAUGCAUUUUCAGAUACAAAGCUGCUGGAGCUUGGAGGAAGGUUCGAUUACUGUUCACAAGAAGGAACUAGUCCAUCUCCCCCUUUAAAUUUUGCAACUACUCGACCACCUUCAAAUUUAGUGCAGGAAAGGUUGAUGCAACAACAAGAUAAUAUUGGUCUACUGAAGUCCAGGGCACAAAAUGAUUUGUUAGAUAGUGAUCCUACAUCGGAGUCAACACUGGAGUUGCUGAUACUUUCUCCAAAUCCUGAAGCUUCAUGCAGGAAUAAAACUAUUCACAAGGGUGCUGGUGAUAGCAAUGACAAGUGCCAAACAGCUAAAAUUAAUCUGAGUAAAACCAUUUUCACGACACCUGAUAAUUAUGAUGAAUAUGCUACAAGUUUGGAUGCCAGUAACUGGUCUGGUAAAGUUGAUCCAGUUUUGCAUCAAGGUGGAAAGCUUUAUGAGUGGAGAUCCCCUGACAGCAAUAUGGUAUACAACGACAAAUUGUCUAAUACAGACUGCAAUCAAACAUUUGGUGCUGCUAUUGAUACUUGGAAAGAAGAUUCACAGGUCUCCCGGCCUUCAUCCUUGGAUAUAAUGGAUAACAUAGAGCAUCCACAGACCUUGGAAAAAGCCACAUAUGGUACAAUUGAAUGUUGUGAUUUCAGUGGGAAAGUAACUGCUGGACAAGGGAGCACUACUUCAUGCACUGACAACCCUAAAGUCACAUGCAUAUUUCCCAAGAACGUGGAAAACAUAAGAGGUGAGAGCUCGGUGGGUGAUCUUAUAUCUGUGUCAUUGAAUGGCCCAAUGUUGCUUGAACCACAACAAGUGGAGUGUGUAGCAAGUCAAAAGGAUAUAUCUAAAGAAGAUAUGCUGUCGAGCUCAACCAUUUUGCACCUAUCUGCUGUUCAUGUUGUCUCUGGUCUGAGCUCAAACUUGCACAAGAAUGACCUUCAUUCUAUGUUACAGAAUCCAGAAAAGGAUGCUUCUUAUAGGAGACAGGUUUCUCUCAUUGAUGAUGACCUUAAUUAUCCCAAUCAGAAUGCUGGAAAGAUGGUUGCCACUGGAUCUGUGCAUGAAAAUUCAAUUGUAGUAGAGUUUACAUUUGGUCAGACAGAAACCUCAAGUGUGAAUCGAUAUCAAAUCCAGCCAGACCCCUUAGUUAUUUUGGAUGAUGCGAUCACAAGUGUGCCUUCUGGUAUUGAAGGUUCAUCUGAAAUGGUCCCACCUGUGGAUGUGACUGACAAUGAUACUGUAUCUUCUAUUGCUACAGAUUUGGUGGAUGUCAUUCCAGAACCCGAGUCUAAGGCUGCUACAGAUGAUGAUCAAGACAAGGAUGAUCCCUUCAGUGAUGCCAUGAUAGCUGAAAUGGAAGCCAGCAUCUAUGGCUUGCAGGUUAUAAAAGAUGCUGAUCUCGAAGAUCUGAGGGAGCUAGGAUCUGGUACAUAUGGUACUGUUUAUCAUGGAAAAUGGCGGGGAACAGAUGUUGCUAUAAAGAGAAUAAAAAAGAGUUGCUUUUCUGGGAGAUCAUCAGAAAAAGACCGACAGAUUCAAGACUUUUGGAGAGAAGCACAGAUCCUCUCAAAUCUGCAUCAUCCAAAUGUGGUCGCAUUUUAUGGAGUAGUACCAGAUGGAAGUGGAGGAACAUUGGCAACUGUAACUGAAUAUAUGGUAAAUGGAUCACUUAGGAAUGUCCUAAUCAAGAAGGAAAGAUCACUUGAUAUUCACAAAAGGCUCAUAAUUGCCAUGGGUGCUGCUUUUGGCAUGGAAUACUUGCAUUCCAAAAACAUUGUUCAUUUUGAUCUGAAAUGUGAGAAUUUGCUUGUCAAUCUAAGGGACCCACAACGACCCAUAUGCAAGAUCGGAGAUUUUGGAUUAUCAAGAAUCAAGCGCAAUACUCUAGUUUCUGGAGGUGUGCGAGGAACCCUGCCAUGGAUGGCUCCAGAACUACUAAAUGGUAGCAGCACCAAGGUUUCUGAAAAGGUUGAUGUAUUCUCAUUUGGAAUUUCAAUGUGGGAAAUCUUGACCGGAGAGGAGCCAUAUGCUGAUAUGCAUUGCGGUGCCAUCAUUGGAGGGAUCGUGAAGAACACGCUUCGACCUCCUAUUCCAGAAUGUUGCCAUCCUGAUUGGAGGAAGCUAAUGGAACAGUGCUGGUCUCAUGAUCCUGAAUCCAGGCCAUCAUUUACCGAGAUAACAAAGCGGCUGCGAUCCAUGUCCAUGUUGCUUAAGCCGAAGGGAGCUAAUAAUCAGGCGAAACCAACGGCCCCCUAAGGUUACGGUACGACUCAUCAUUUUACACUAGCACCGAUUUUGUUAUUAGGUACACCUGUAAAGCGUUGGUCAUUGAUAGCCAAAAUUUUCCAAACUUUUCAACAUUUGUUGAUAAGUAUAUCUUCAUUUGUUUAUUCUUUUUGUAACAGAGUAAAUUGGGGUCAUAGUAGUGAGGCCUGAAAGAAAGCAUUAAUUGA